AUGGUGAGUUACCUUGUUGUCGACCAAUCAUUGUAUGAAGAACUAGCAAGACAAAAGAAAGGAGCCGGGUGGUCCCUGAGGCUCUGGUCUGUUGCUGGGAUCUCCAUCAUGCUGCUCAGCACCUGUUUCAUCGUGAGCUGCGUGGAAAAAGUCUGGGGAUGCUGCCCGAGUACUUGGAAGUCAUUUGGUUCCAGCUGCUACCUCAUUUCUGCUGAACGGAAUAUUUGGAGUAAGAGUGAGCAGAACUGUGUUGAGAUGGGGGCACAUUUGGUGGUGAUCAACACAGAAGCAGAGCAG